AUGAAGUACUACAACAACAACAACAUGACAAUGGACGAAGAACUGGACCGAGAAGCGGAGGAACUUAUCUCGGAUUUGGAUCAGGCGCUGGACGCGUGGGAGGAAAAGGAGCGAAAAGAGGAAAAGGAGCGAAAAGAACAAUGGACGCCGCAGGAAAUAAGGGAUUGGGUUGAAUCAGUAGGUUUGUCUGCAGAAAUCCUCAGCAAGGGGCUUCCGCGGAAGAGCGAUUGGAUUAAGGAAAAGGAAGAGCGAUCGGAUAAAAAGCGAAAGAUCGACAACAGCAAGGAGGAAGAGCGAUCGGAAAAGAAGCGAAAGAUCGACAACAGCAAGGAGGAAGAGCUGCCAGUGUUUGAGGAAUGCCAAGAAACCAAGAAGCGCUACUGGGACACUUUGAAGCGACAAUUUGCCAAGAAAGAAGUGGAUGAUGAAUCCUUAGGAUUUGAGGAUUACAUGUUCCAACCUUUCUUUGAUGCUGGGUGCCCCCCAGCCCCUCAGGAUGGCAAGGACGAGUACGAAUUCGCGAGAGUGUUCUUUGAAAAGCAAGCCAUGUAUACUGCCGUAGUGGGGGCUGAAAUGAAAAAGGCUCGGCUUGAAGGCGCGACGGACGAAGAAGUGCUUCGAAGAGGACACCACGCUGCUACGGAAAGCUACAAUAUACGCGAACGAAAGGAGUUAGGUGAUGCGAUUUUCAAGGACCUUUAUAUUGAUAUUUCAGGCACAACAGAUGAAGAAGAAGAAGCAAAGAAAUUGAAGCGGAUCAAAGAGGAAGAAGGAGUGGAAUUUGCAUUGUGUGAGGAGGAACGACAGAAAUUCUGGGAAGGCGAGAUGAAACGAUGCAUCGCAAGACGAAAGCGCAUUGACGAAAAUGGCAACGACGAGGAGGAUCCAAUGCUUUCACUAAAUUACGACUUGGCAGAAGCUUUUCUCGCAUUGGGGCGUCCGCCCCAGACGAAGGAAGACAAAUUCAGCGACGUUCGGUUUGACUUGAACCGCAAGGCUCUUAAGUGCGCUAUCAUGGGAGGGGCGAAGAAACAAGCAACGCUGGAAGGGGCCACAGACGAAGAGUGCCAACGACGAGCCAAGAAAGCCGGUGACGAGCAUGAGAACAUGGAUAUGCUGGGUGAGAUAGAUCGUCUGGAAGCAGCAAUCGCGGCCAUGGAACAAAAAGCCGCGGACAUCGAAGCAGAGACCGAGGCUAUCAGAGCACGUGCUUGAGGUUUGAAUGGCUUUCGUACUGUAGGGAUUGGCACAGUACAACAUAAUAAUUAGACUACUUUCUUUUUC